UCGAUGGUCUUGGACAAUUCUGUGACAGGGGCCUACGAAUACGACGACGAUUAUUAUGACACAUACUACCUGACAGCUUUCGAGUUCGAAGACGUUACACUUGGUCUUGUACGACCCAUUAUUGUUAUUUUCAUGGCGCUUGCAAAUAUAUUUGUCGUGGGCUUUUUUCUGUCGGGUAAAGGGCGUGUCAAGUCAACUACUUUGCUGUUUGUGAGCAUCGCCCUAUCUGACACGUUGACCGGCAUUUCGUUACUUCCGAACUCGUUCAACGUAUACAUUCCAGGCAUCGAUGAAGUAUCGGCGGUAGCAUGCAACACGUUCAUGGUCUGGAAACUCUUCAUCUCAAUUUCGUUCCAUACCGCAUCCAUAUGGCAGACUGUUUUCUUGGGAAUCCAACGGUACCUCUGCGUUUGUCAUCCAUUCAUUUCCGACCGCAUAUGUACGUUCUGGAAGACAUUUGCAGCCAUUGUCAUCAUGUACAUGCUGUCAUUUGUACUGCAUAUUUACCAACUGAUCAAUGCAAUUACUCACAAUUUCACCGACCAAAAAGAUUGCGAAUGGGAAACAGAAGAUCCUUGCAAAGAUUCCUGCUUGUAUUUGUGGAUCUGCGUCAUUUUCCAGCACUUUCUUCCAGCGUCUUUACUUAUAGGAUUGACAAUCAAGACCCUAAUUACGCUGCAAAAGGCCCAACGAAGUGCUUCAUCCGUUCUGUCGCAAACAACAAUCCAGAAACGAAUCUCCAGAGACAGAAUAAUCACCAUCACAGCAGUGUUGAUUGUUAUCUGCUUCCUUGUGCCAGAGAUUCCCCAUGGAAUAUACAGGAUGUACUUUCUACUUGUCAUUUACAUUCCUGAGCUUGGAAUUCUCGAUGUCGAGACGCAUCAUAUCAUGACGUCAUGUUAUGAAAUCGCAUUGCUUGUCAGUUUUCACGCUAACUUUUGGAUCUUCUGCACUAUGAUGAGCGACUUUCGCCAAGUUCUCAUCCACGUAUUUACGUUCGGGUGUUUCAAGCAAAACCAGAGCUUGAAUUCGCACCAGGGUACCAUCAAACCCGAAAGCAUCCGAUCGUCCAAAACACGAACAGGAUCUGUCAUCAGCAGGAAUACUAUUCGCAGUCGGACCACGAGCAUCAACUCUACUACAUCGGAAAACAUUCACUCUGUCAAUCAAAAGAUCUUGCUGACGCCGACGCCGACCAAAGAAACCGGUCCGCCUGAUUUCCUGGCAGCUUUAUCUCAUAAAAAGUCGCGGGAGGACUACGACGCGCAAUUCGAUGAUGGGUUUUUGUAAACGUUACUGAAACGGUAUGUAU